AGAUGUACAAGAUACGCUACAACACUUAACUUAGUGUAAACUUGUCUGUGUUAGAUUGAUUGGACACGAGCUGUUGUGUAGGCCUAUGUGUAUCAAAUAUCGCGCUGCAUUUUCAACUUUAACCAACAACAUAUCAACUAUAGAUCGAUAGAAUUGGAAUUUACAAAUAAAUGUUUUCUACGAGUUAAUUUAUUGUUAUACACAAAUAUCAUUUAAAUCUAGAUGCACAGCCUUGAAAUCGUACAUUGUUUUAUCCAAGAGUAUUUUUUUAUUCUAUAAGUAGUAACUACAAAUCUAACAGACUAAAUAGAUCUAGAUCUUGUGAAGAGGAGUCCUAUUUAAUUAUCUUACUGGAGAUAUGGGGUAUUAUUCGAACUAAAGUACUCAAAUCUCUUGAGAUGAUCUACAUCUACUGUAAGCAUAGUGUUACACACUUUUAUUGUGCAUCCUAUUUUCUUUUUCUAGAACAGCUACAAAUAUCAAAACCAAACGCAAGCUUUCUAUCACAAAUUACGUCAUUUCCUGGUGGCGAUGUUCUUCUCUAUCGCUAAUCUGACAAAGGAUUGUCUUGGAGGUAAAGUGUUAAAAAGUUCAACUCAGGCCUAAGCCAUGUAAAUUUUGAACGACUCCCGAUCCUUCUUGAGUGUUUGAAACUUGACACGUACGAGAUCAUGUCUGCUGCAGUAGCUCAAGCCAAGGAAGACAAUUUGCUGCAUAGAAGGACUGAACACAUCGUUAUAGAGCCACUGUCCCACGGCGACUUGAGCUUCGAAGACAACCCAGAAGAGGAACCUUUGCUUUCGAGCGCCAAAAAAGCUGUCAAAGGUCAUCCGGAGCAAGCGCAGAGCAUACCUGGAGACGGUCCAGAAAAAGUUGAGAAUGUUGGGGACAACGUUAGCUCAACAGUCCUCGAGAAGAAAGAGAAGGAUCCCAGUACUGAGCUCAAAGAAAGUCAGCGCACAGAGAGAGAAGGCACUCGGAAAAACGUUGAUGAGGGCUAUGAAAGCAUUUGGCUCAGAGGUGAGAUGUUAGGCAGCCGAAAGCGAGAAGUCACACUGAGUGUAAAGGCGUUAGACUGCUACCAAGAGGAUGAAGUCAAAGCCCCUCUCAUUGAGCCACAGGAGCCCAGGCGCGAGCCCUCUCUGAACAAGCCCAAGCACACGUUGCUGUCCAGGAGCAACAUGCUGGACGAGAGUGAGUACUCCAAAUACUGGAGGGGGGAAGUGACCGUCAUAAAGCCCUCAAACUUGGUGAACAAUGCAGGCAUUGAGGUCAUCCCAUCGGUCACUCCAGCUGCCCAGAACGUGAGCACACUCGAUCAGACCAUGGCAGCCUCCAGCAUCACCACCUCCAUCAUCAGGGGAGACAGUCGACUACUUUUGGAGUGCAUCAAACAGGGAGAGAACCUGAAACUUAUCUGCUCCAAAACGGGUAGAUCAUAUCUUCAUCUAGUUGCUCUUAUUGCCUCCCCGGAACACGAUAUGAAGUUUGUGCCCAUGGUCUACCAACUUUCUAAUUCUGGGAUUGACCUGGACUCUCUAGACAAUUCUGGAACAACAGCUGUUAGAUACGCCGUCACCAGAAGACUUCCACAGAUUCUGGCUGCACUGUUAAAGUGCGGUGCUGAAUUCAGUGGCGAUGACCAGUACUGGCUGGAGCAGGUCAAAGGCGUAUCCAAGGCUGAGAUGAUGGAACUUGUGCGUAGACUAACCCCUUCCUACUGGGUAGCUGUUCAUGACGCCACGCCCUUUAAGGUGCAUCGACUAGUGAAGUCCUGGUCGAGGGUGAAUAUCUCUAGGAACAAGCUCUCCUUGAUAGAGUACGCAAAGAAGAAUGACUGUGAUGAUGCCAUCAUUAAACUCCUGCUGCAGAAUGAAGCCUCGAUAGAACUUGCCCACGCAGUGAUGGCCGGAGAUCCAGACAGGACCAAAGUGCUCUUGUGCCAUGGAGAGGUCGACAUGGAUACCAGAGACGCCUCUGUGAAAAACAACUGCUUCGAACCGUUCGCUCCCCUCUCCCUGGUCGGCGCCGCCAUCAAAUACGACCACGUGGACGUACUGAAGGUGCUAAGGAACGCCAAGAUGAACCGGAAGUCCUACUCGUCCCAGAGGCAGCCCUACGGGGAGAACACAGCAGCCGGCGGAGACAACUCCGUGCUCAUCAAACGUGGCCACUCUUACGAGGGCGCAGGAGUAAGCGUCUUCCACUACAAUUCCACCCGCGGGGGCUCGUUGGAGUUUCAGCCUCCCGAAUUGAUGACAUCAUCUAUCUGUGAUAUUUUAUAAACACCGCCUUGAUGUGCUUUAGUGCGACCAACUUGAUAUGCAAUAAUAUUUAAGCCAAUAUUGAUUUGAUUAUUUCACUCAACAAGUGUGACGAAGUAGGAAUGUAGAAACAAUGUAACCGACCUGGAUGUUGAGUCAAACUUGCCAUAACCUUUUAAUUUGUUUAAAUGCUUUAGAAUAUAACAUAACAGUACGUCUUUUUUUAUUUCAAUCUACAGAGCCAAAUCUCUAUUGGACCUUAACACAUCUGUGCACAUUUCGGACGGACUUACAUUCAAAUUCUAAAUUAUAUCUAGAUGUGUUUUAAAGCUAAUGUGGGGAAUAUUUCUUGCUGUAUGGACUCGGCUAUUUUCUGGUGUAACAAUGAAUUAGUAUUUUGUUGACCAUGAGUUUUUGUGCGUCUUCAUUCAGUGCCAGGCCUCUGUGGUUGUUUUAUGACCCAAUUCAUUGUUUUACUACUGUACCAUUUAUUUCAAGAAUGUGUGUGUGUGUAUGUGUGUGCGUGCGUGUGUGUUGGUAACUAACGGGUUUUAAUGUUUAUUUAAGGAAAGCAUUUCAUCAUUCAUGUUUAUCUUUGUUCAACAAAAUUCUUAUCCAUUGUCUUCUACGAGAACAUACAAAUCCUACUCGGCAACUGUCCAACCAUCCAGACAGCUAAUUACACGAUAUACAGAUCUAUUAAUUUGAACAUCUGUGUUCCAAUUUCUACGAAGACUUAGCAAAGACAUUUCUUUAUAUUUAUACUUGAAAGAAAGUUGAGUUGGCGAAUGUGCUCUGUGUGUGUGUUCGUGAUUGCGUGUAAGUUUUAGUUUAUUUAUUACUGAUUCUAGGAAUGGACGUGAUUGCCCGUAGGAAGCUAGCCUUGAUAGAAGUGGACCAGACGAAUAAAUAAAACGCAUUAUUACCUUCCUAUAAUGAAUGUGUCUACUGUUGAUUACCUUCCCAUAAUAAAUGUGUCUACUGUUGAUUACCUUCCUAUAAUGAAUGUGUCUACUGUUGAUUACCUUCCCAUAAUGAAUGUGUCUACUGUUGAUUACCUUCCUAUAAUGAAUGUGUCUACUGUUGAUUACCUUCCCAUAAUGAAUGUAUCUACUGUUGAUUACCUUCCCAUAAUGAAUGUGUCUACUGUUGAUUAUAUUCUCAUAAUGAAUUCGUCCAGUGUUGAUUACCUUCCCAUAAUGAAUGUGUCUACUUUUUGAUUACCUUCCUAAUAUGAAUGUGUCAACUUUUCUUUACCUUCUGAUAAUGAAUGUGUCUACUUUUGAUUACCUUCCCAUAAUGAAUGUGUCUACUUUUGAUUACCUUCCCAUAAUGAAUGUGUCUACUGUUUAUUACCUUCCUAUAAUGAAUGUGUCUACUGUUGAUUACCUUCCCAUAAUGAAUGUGUCUACUUUUGUUUACCUUCCUGUAAUGAAUGUGUCUACUGUUGAUUACCUUCCCAUAAUGAAUGUGUCUACUGAAUCGAAAACCAUGAGAUAUUCAUGAAGGGACGUAAGCGGGUUAUCUUCAAAUAAUCUUUUCUUGUACUCUUUGUAUAAUUUCGCAGUAAAAGGAAUUUUAAUUACCGUAAGUGUAUGUGUAAUUAUGUUUUAAUGUGGUGCAUGCAUCUUAUUACUGACCACAAUGUCGAAGGUGACCAGAGUAGCCUCAUCGUAGCCUUGAUGAAGUGACUGCCUUGGUAUUGCUGUCAUUUAUCUGGAGUUGAGUCCCUUGACUUUCUUAUUAUUCUGUUUAUCAACUCCUCAGUUUUAAAGCCCAUCUAUUAUUAUCUAGUAGUCUCUACACUUAGACUGACUGGUUGGAAAUUAAAAUGGAGAGUAAAACUGAACUACGAAGACUAUUAAACAUAGUCCUAAUCUAGCUAAGACAAUGUCUGUGUUUGGUAGUAGUUUAGAAGUAAUUUAGGCGACACUAUACAUUAGUUCACUAUUCGUAACAUCUAAACUUCUUUUUAUUCUUUGCAUGUUUUGUAUACAAGCAUGUCACAUUUAUACACAUUCAGUAUUAUUCCAUCCAAAUAUGCAACUCUGUAAAUAGGAGUACUCUUGGGAGACUGGUUUCUUUGAUUGAUAUUGUUGAUUUUGGAUUUUGGAAUCGUUUUGUUUUAUUUUAAACAUUAAAUUUUUACGCGUUUUUUUUAAA